GUGAAGCAUCAGCUCACCUGAGACCAGGACCAGGACCCAACACAACGAACCGGAUUAAUCUGAGACCGGCAGGAAUAUUUCAACUGUGACACAGAACAGAACUUCAGUCAGACGGGAAGCAGGUUUUGUCGUCAUGACGCGUCAGUUGGUGCUGAUGGUGAGUCUCGCGCUCGUGCUGCUGCUGGCGCGCUCCCGCGGCGGGGAGGCGCGCGUCCGUCUGAACUCCAUCAGGACGGUGAUCCUGAGGGAGGGGCACGCGCUGCCGCUGAACAGGAGCACGUGGGAGCCGAGCCUGGACCUGACGCUGUAUCAGUGCAUGAGCGACCUGGAGUGCAGCGAGGGCAGCUACUGCCACGCCCCCACCAAAGGCCCCGCCCACUCGCGCUGCCAGACCUGCCGCAGGAGGAAGAGGCGUUGCCAUAGGGACGGCAUGUGUUGCCCUGGCAACCGCUGCAGCCACAACGUCUGUGUUCCAGACCAGGACAGCUUCUUGUCUCAGAGGAUCCCAGACUCAGACGGAGACAUGAGUCUUCUGUCCAAGAAGAAAGGCUGGAGGAAGAGAGGGAGGAUGGAGGUGAAGGUGGCCUCAGGUCAGGUCGGAGAUCCCUGCCUUCGCUCCUCAGACUGCUCCGACAGUUUGUGCUGUGCCCGUCACUUCUGGACUCGCAUCUGCAAGCCGGUGCUGAGGGAGGGACAGGUUUGCACGCGACACCGCCGGAAGGGGAACCACGGCCUGGAGCUGUUCCAGCGCUGCCCCUGCGGAGACGGACUCAGCUGCCGGACGCUGCGAGAGCCCAGCGCCCAUCAGCCUCCAUCGACGGCAGCAUCUUCGUCAUCACUGCUGGCGGCGGUGGCAAAGUCCAAGUUUGCGACGUCCUCUUCCUCGUCCCGUCACUCCUCCCCUCACACUUCACUGCUGUCCUCAUCCUCGAAGCAGUCGCCACCGUCGAUGUCGUCUGUGGCGGCAAAGACGAGACUACAUGUGUGCCAGAAAAACUAAAAACGGACGGACGGACUGAGGGGAAGGACAGAACUUCCUGUCUGCCAAUGAUCGCCCUCAGAGGGAGCGAGAGGCAGAGGAGGACAAGGGCGAGAUAAAUGGAGGGAGCGGCGAAUAACCAACCUGUUCACACCACCAACCGUCCCAGUGUCUCGAUGCUAAUCAGCUUCCUGUCAGGCUGCAUUCACACACACUGGAUGUGAAACUCUUUGUGCCUCAGAUCCGGUUUCCUCUCGGCCGUCUAGACGAGCAGAAACCACUUUGAAAUCCGGUUUGACCCCCAAUUUACACAUCCAGUCAUGGGCUUUUAUUUUGAAAACCAAACAAAAGGAAAGGACUUUGUAGAAGUUCUGCAGAAACUCCCAGAACUGAGAACCUGACACACAUCUGUGAACUCGUUCCCUGAACGUUUGCCCGUCUCAUCAGAACCGUCCCAGAACUCUGAGGUUCGUCCAGACGUCCUGUUCCAUUGCACUGUCGUUAUUGUGAUAGAGUUAUUUUUCUAUAAGUUGUUUCCUGUAUAUUUCGGACGAGUGUCGGUAUAAUUAUUUGACUGUUUGUCGUGUUUAUUUUGGAGGGUUUUAUUUCCAGAACUUCUGUGCUGACCCACACGCUGUUAAUGGAUCGCUGAUGUGUGUUUUAAUGAUUAAAAGCUGGUUUCAAACGUG